UACGGAGAACGCUCCGCCGGAGGAAGUAGCGCGGGCCUUGACCGGCGUCGGCCCGCCGCCACCUCCGCCGCCGCCGCGCCUGGGUCCGUUCUCUCUGGUCCGGCCCGAUUCAGUCCGGCCCGCCCGGACUCAGCGGCCCUGGGGUCGCGGCCUCCGAUGGAAAUUAUAUGACAGUAUUUGGGUGGCAUCUUCCUGAAAGAUCUUCAAGGAUUACAGAAGACAAAAACACUAAUGUAUUUGAGAAAGUGGUAAAGAUUGGGGGGAGGGGAAAAAACCCUGCUUUCCUGACUUGCAACUUGGCUGGAUGCUAAGAUGUCUGUGGACAUGAAUAGCCAGGGGUCUGACAGCAAUGAAGAAGACUAUGACCCAAAUUGUGAAGAAGAAGAAGAGGACGAGGACCCUGGGGACAUAGAGGACUAUUAUGUGGGAGUAGCCAGCGAUGUGGAGCAGCAGGGGGCCGAUGCCUUUGAUCCGGAGGAGUACCAGUUUACUUGCCUGACCUACAAGGAAUCCGAGGGUGCUCUCAAUGAGCACAUGACCAGCUUAGCCUCUGUCCUAAAGGCCGUUGAUGCUCACUGCCAUCAGCUGCAUCCUCCCUAUGUCCCUGUGUCUCAUUCAGUUGCUAAACUUAUAUUAGUUAAUUUCCACUGGCAAGUUGCAGAGAUAUUGGACAGAUACAAGUCUAAUUCUGCUCAGCUGCUCGUUGAGGCUCGUGUUCAGCCGAAUCCAUCCAAGCAUGUCCCCACAGCCCAUCCCCCUCACCACUGCGCAGUGUGUAUGCAGUUUGUGCGGAAGGAAAACCUACUCUCUCUGGCCUGUCAGCACCAGUUUUGCCGCAGCUGCUGGGAGCAGCACUGCUCAGUACUUGUCAAAGACGGCGUGGGUGUGGGAGUCUCUUGCAUGGCUCAAGACUGCCCACUUCGAACACCAGAGGACUUUGUGUUUCCAUUAUUGCCCAAUGAAGAACUAAGAGACAAAUACAGGCGCUACCUCUUCAGGGACUAUGUGGAGAGUCAUUAUCAGCUUCAGCUGUGCCCUGGUGCAGACUGCCCCAUGGUCAUCCAGGUACAAGAGCCCAGAGCUCGCCGAGUCCAGUGCAAUCGGUGCAACGAGGUCUUUUGUUUCAAGUGUCGUCAGAUGUAUCACGCCCCCACAGACUGCGCCACAAUCCGGAAAUGGCUCACAAAGUGUGCGGACGACUCUGAAACGGCCAACUACAUUAGUGCUCACACUAAAGAUUGUCCCAAGUGCAACAUCUGCAUUGAGAAGAAUGGAGGCUGCAAUCACAUGCAAUGCUCCAAGUGUAAACACGACUUCUGCUGGAUGUGUCUAGGAGAUUGGAAGACCCACGGCAGUGAGUACUAUGAGUGCAGUCGGUACAAGGAGAACCCCGACAUCGUCAACCAGAGCCAGCAGGCCCAAGCCAGAGAGGCCCUCAAGAAGUAUUUGUUCUACUUUGAGAGGUGGGAAAACCACAACAAGAGCUUGCAGCUGGAGGCGCAGACGUACCAGCGCAUUCAUGAGAAGAUCCAGGAGAGGGUCAUGAAUAAUCUCGGGACGUGGAUUGACUGGCAGUACCUACAGAAUGCUGCCAAGCUCUUGGCCAAGUGUCGAUACACCUUGCAGUACACGUACCCAUAUGCAUACUACAUGGAGUCUGGACCCAGGAAGAAGCUGUUUGAAUACCAGCAGGCUCAACUGGAGGCCGAGAUCGAAAACCUGUCAUGGAAAGUGGAGCGUGCGGACAGCUACGACAGAGGGGACUUAGAAAACCAGAUGCACAUAGCAGAGCAGCGGAGGAGAACCCUGCUGAAGGAUUUCCAUGACACCUAGGCUGGACACAGGUGUGCCGGAGCGAGGACGAUGUGGCUGUGAGGGCUCCCGGCUGCCGUACUGCAUGCUGCAGGCUCUGCCUUCACGACCCCAGGCAGCAGCCAGGGCCCCACUCCUGAGAGACACUGGCCACGUACCUCUUAGUCAAUUUCUGUUUUGUUCUCAUCUUUUUGCUUUUUGUUUCUUGGCCUCUUCAGGAUUUUUUAAUUCCCCCUGGAUGGUUGUUGGGAGGGAGGGAAAGUUUUUUUCUGAAUGACUAUUAAUAAUAGUAUUAGAUCAUUACAACUUAUGUAAUUUUCAACGGUUGUAAAAUUAUAAAAAAAAAAAAAGGCAAACCAACUAUAGAAUUACACAGAACCCUUUUUAAAAAUAAAUUGGCAUUGGAGUGUUUUACCCUCUAGCUAAUUUACUUAAAAGGCAACACGUGCUGCUUGCCCGCCCUGCCUCCCCCCGGGUGUGCACUGCGGGAGGGUUCCAAGGCGGGAGGGUUCCAAGGCCUCUGCACCCAGACUCACUUGGCGUUUGGCCACAGCUGGAAUCCCAAGGGAGGAACCUGGGUGGCGGGUGGGGAAUUGAGUUAGUCUGCAUAAUGGGCAUGGCACGUGGGGAACCACGUCAUGCCUCUUGCGUGUCCCUCAGACCCUUUUGUGGUCGGGCGCACCUGCCUUGCCUUGGCAGUGAGGAGACAGGACAGAACAGGAUCUUGCCACGGGCUGUCUGAUAAGUUUCGGGUGGCACUGCCUGUCAGCGGGCUCAUCUUUAUUCUUGAAGGUGAGGCUUACCUGGGUCUGGCUACUGACCGGGGGGCGGGAGUGCAGCGCAGUGUUCCCUUUUGUCUCCUGACGAUAGAGAUCCGCUUUCAAAGGGAAUCGUUCCCCAAAAUAAAUUUGUUUAACCAUGGUCUCUUCUUUUGUGCCAGUGUUCCAGUGUGUAACUCUGACCAGGUUCACACACAGCCAUACCUAACGCUGCCCUGCUCCUCUCCUCUGGUGCACUUCAGGGUCAGAGUGCAGCAUGGCCCUCCAAGGCACUUGUCUUCCCGGCUCAGGGGCCUUGUUUUCAUGUGAGCUGGAGUGUGUCCAGCAGCAGCUCUGGGGCUCAGGUGCUCUCCCCAUCGCCUGGUUUCGGGUGUCACUGCCUGUAGGGCGUGCGAGUCUGAGGCCAGGAAGGGUCCUUGGCUUGUGGUCCCAGCUGCUGUAGUGCGAGGGGCUGGCCAGGGAAGAAGAUCAGUUUUUGCACAGUUAAGCCCAAAAGAGUGAGUGGUUUGUGUGGUGUCUUACCUGCCCUGCACCUGGUCCUGUGGGCCUUUGAAAAGUUAAAAGUCUGUGAUUCUCGGGGUUUUGUGGCUUUGUUCAGCGCCUCCGCUCAGAGGCUGGCAGAGCUGCCUGUGCUCGGCAGAGCCUCCGUGACUGCCUGGAAGAGCUGCUUGGGAGAUGUGUGGAUACUGUGUGGGAAGUCUUGAUACUCAAACAUUUUCACCUCAGCCGUUUCCCAGGUACCAUGGCUGUAACCUGAAUUACUCUUGAAAAGACAAAGGACAGAUGUGACUCUUCGGGUCAUGGGUACAUGGCUGGAUGCAGGCUCCCUGCUCACGUUUUGUCUCUUCCUGUCAUCUCUUGCAAGGGACGGCCUGGGGUGGAGAGGGGAGAACGAGUAGGAAGUGCAGCCAGUGAGCCCGGGUUUGGGCGCCGGGGAGCUCGCUGUGCUACCAGAGUGCCUGCGGUGGCCCAGGGUGGGGUGUGAACGCUCUGUGGGCACACGGACCACCCUGGCGUCUUACCUAUCCUGUGUCGCCGCCAUGGCCCAGGACCUGAGUUGCAGCUCUGCACCUUUAGUCACACCCUGCGUGUCUCUGGGCGUUUUUUGGACCACACAGCUGCUGUGCAGUGCACUCGCAUCCGCCUGUGGCCCUGUCCACAGGCGCUGCAGGAGGCCCUGUGCCCAGACCACAGCCUGUAGCCCUUGACCUGUGGAGAGCUUCCUUCUGUCCCCUCAGUGGCUGUCGUAAAUGGAAAGUUCAGGCAGGAUUUUUCUGUCCUACAAAAGAUAAAAGGUAAAGAAGGCACUGUGUUUUCAUGAAUUUACCAUAUAUCUUUGUUUUCUUCAAAGAAAAAGUUGAGGUAAUG